AUGAGAAUUUUCUAUUUAUUAUCUGUUUUGGUAUUUUUGGUUGGAAUGAUUUCAGCUAAUCUUGAAUGUCAAACAACCUAUAAUCACCAUACAGCUACACCCCAAACCACUGGUGCUCAUGCGUCAGGUAUCAACACUGGUGUUCAACCAAGUGGAAUUAAUACUGGUGUCCAAACCGUAGGUGUAAAUUCUGGUGUUGUAACAAAUUCUCAUACUAGUUCCGGUGCCCAGACUUCUGGAGGUAUUGCAACAGGAUCAUCUCAAACAGGUGUCCAAACCGUUGGAAUUAACACUGGAGUUGUACCAAGCGGAGUAAACACUGGAGUACAAACUGUUGGAGUUAACACUGGAGUUAAAACUACUGGAGCAAACUCUGGAGCUCAAACAUCAGGAGGAUCUUUUACCUCUGGAACUCAAACAGGAAUACAAUCCGGAUCAGUAACUGGUUCUCAAAAUGGUACUCAAUCAGGAACAGUAACUGGAACUCAAUCGGGAUCAGUAACUGGUGCUCAAACUACUUCAGCUACCGCAGGUUCAGUAUCUGGUGCUCAAACUGGAACUCAAUCGGGAUUAGUAUCUGGUGCUCAAACUGCUUCAGCUACCACAGGUUCAGUAACUGAUGCUCAAAGUGGAUCACCAUCUGGAUCAGUAACUGGUGAACAAACUUCAGCUACAACAGGAGCAGCCUCUAGUUCAACCUCCGCAGGAAGUUCAGAAGGUCAAUCAUCUAGCCCAGUUUCUUCAAGUGCAGGACCAGUCACCGGAAGUCAAACAACCGCUUCAACAACUUCCACAACUGAAAGUAUCCCAACUACUACUACUCAUUCCUCUACUACUUCACCCGGUACUAAAAUCACACCAUCAUUAGUUGCACUUUCUUUAAUCGCAGCUUUUUUCUCACUAUAA